GAUCAUGCCAAGCGUGGACUGGAAGUCGUAAAGAAGGAUCCAGAGCUGGUCUCUCUUCUUCAAACCCUCUAUAAGGAUCAGCUGCAGGAACGAGAUGACUUCUUCGCCUCUAUGUUCAGCUAUAUCGAAGGCGACGAUGACGCCUCAGAUUCGCCACUUGAGAAGCGUACCACAACAAACUGCUUGUCUCACACCCUUCCAGACUUCCUGCCUUCCAACAUCACCGGUUUAAAGAAGUUUCCUGAAGCUGCGUACCCUUACAAAGAUCCCACACCUUCGGAUCAGAGAGGACCAUGCCCAGGCAUGAAUACUCUUGCUAACCAUGGCUACAUUCCUCGCAACGGUAUCACUACCGUAGCUCAGACGGUCAUCGCAGCCGCACGAGUCUUCAAUAUGGGAGCAGAUCUGACAACGUUCCUCGCUGGUGGGUCCGUGCUGUUUGCUGGUGACAUUCCAUCGAUGCGAUACUCCAUUGGUGGCGCAGACUCUCGCACCAAUUCGGCUGGUGCUCUCGGCAGUGCGCUAGGUACCGAGACUGGACUUUCCGGGCACCUCCGCUUCAAGGAGGGAGAUGCUUCAGGUACACGAUGCGACUUCUAUCUCUGCGAUGGUGACAACCACAAUCUGAACGGCAGUAUCUUCCUGGACCUACAAGACAAGGCAAGGACAUAUGGCGGAGGUCAAUACAACGUCAAAGCCUUGAUUCACCAUUCUGCUGCUCAAUACAACAACUCGCGCAGCAAGAACCCCAACUUCUACUUCUUGCCUCCAUCUUCUGCUCUCACAAUCGGCGCAACUUACUUCCAAGCUGGCUUCUUCUCUAACGGCACCAUUGGCUUUGGUGGCGUUGCAAACGAAGCAUCGAUCGCAUCAUUUGAUGGCGCGUACUUCAACGCAAACGGAACUGUUUCCUAUCAGCCCGAGCAGAUUCCUCCUCAAGGAUGGUACCGUAGAGGCUUCCCCAUGUUCCUCUCUGAGGGUAUCGACGGUAUCAUCACCAUGUACACUGGCAUAGCCGAGAUUCUUGGAGAGCCUGAGCUCUACGGUGGCACUACCGUCAAUGGCACGAUCUGCGCCCUGGAAGGCACACUCUACGCCAACUUUGUCAAUGAGUUCAGUAGCAUCCUGUCAACAGCGGUUGGUGCUUUGAACACCGUCACUUCUGUC